AUGUCGGGCGUUGGAGGGAUGCCCGGAGCCAUGGGGGACUCGAAUGGCGGGCACCCGCAGGGAACGGAAUACACUCUGCAGGGUGUGAUGCGCUUCCUCCAGACCGAAUGGCACCGACAUGAACGCGACCGCAAUGCGUGGGAGAUUGAACGCGCGGAGAUGAAAUCUCGCAUUGGCCGGCUGGAAGGAGAGCUACGUACAAGCAAGCGCAUGCAAGAAUCAUUGGGCAAGCAUGUUCGAUUGAUGGAGACAGCGCUGAAGAAGGAGAGGGAGAAGGUCAAAAAGCUCUCGAAUAACGAGUCCAUCGAGGAUCUGCAAGAUCCAAAGGACAUUGCGCGCGAGAGUGUCAACUUCCUCAAGGAGCAACGCUCUGGCCCCAAGUCGAACGCGGAUGCAAACCGGGAAGAUCCCACAAGCCCCGAAUCGCAAGAUAUCACCCACGAAGACGAGCGAGACAAAUCCAGAGUUUACUUGUCGAAAUGUGCACAGGAAAUCGCAUAUCAUGUUAUCCCUACAUCCCACCCUGUCCCUGAUCUUAGCGACCCAGAUCUUUCAGGCCACCUCUACGGAAACCAGCAGCUCUCCCAGCAGAACCUCGAGGAGGCAUUCCUCCAGCAACAACGACAGAAGGCCAAUCAUAUGAUUUCGCACGAGGCGGUGCUUCCUAAUCACCAGCAAUCCGGUAAUCAGUACUCUGAAAAUGCGCGUGCCCAAAGCCAGUACAAUCAAGUUCCCCUCGCUGUUGAGCGGCGUCAGAUCGAGCAGCAGCAGCAACAAACCCCUGUCACUGCGAUUGACAAUCGGAAACUGGCUUAUGAGCAAGGUCUGCUUGACGAGCGUGCAGCACCGGGGACGCAACAGUCGGCGCACGAUGCUCCAGGGCCUUCGGUCGCUGUGAAAGAGGAUCUGCAGCCUCACAAGACAAGCGAAGAGGGAACUGAAGAUGUUGAUGGCUGGAACUUCGACGAGCCCGCAGAGGUGGCGCCGGUCACCGAGUCCAUCCCGCCUCACCGGCCUGAUACAGACGCAUUCCCCAAUGCCAAUUUCGUUCGUGGCAAGUCGCCGUCAAGGGGCGGGUCCCUCUCCCAUCGACGAAAGAGCUCGGGCGCUCGACGGAAGAGUGACGGCAGUAUUGAAACCCGAGACUUCGGUGCGAACACUGCUCAGCAAGAUACGAACUUCAAGGUUCGAUUUGCCUUGCGAGGACAUCUUGAUGUCAUUCGUUCUGUGAUUUUCACUGGUGGUGGCAGUCCGUCUGAGCCUGAGAUUUGUACAUGCAGUGAUGAUGGAACGAUCAAACGUUGGAUUAUUCCCGCAACAUAUGGAACGUUUGGCGCUCAUGGACCAAGUUCAAGCAAUGACCUAGAUAUUACGAGCUACUUCACCCAUCGCGGCCAUGUUGGUGCGGUUACAUCUCUUGCAGCUUGUUCGCCAUCGCAGAACAUCUCCAACGGUGGCCGGGUUCUAGGGGAUGGCUGGGUCUUCUCCGGUGGACAAGAUGCUAGUGUACGUGUUUGGGAGCGUGGACGGGUUGAUCCCAAGGCCACCUUAGAUGGCCAUACAGACGCUGUCUGGGGACUCUGCGUGCUUCCGGGGACCGCAGGUUCUGUCUUUGGGGACUCGUCUAGUCACUAUGGAGGACCAGACCGAAUUCUGCUCGCGUCCGGUGCUGCAGAUGGCCGAAUCCUGAUAUGGGCUGUUAGUGCUCCACCUUUGGCAUCCAACCCUCAGGCUGGUUCCCGCCGUCAAGGUGGGAGCCGUCGUGCAAACUCGAUCUCUUCUGGCUCCGGUUUCCCGUCAUCACCUCAACCCAGUGUUGCCACAUCUACCCCCUUCCAUUAUACCCUUGUUCAUCACAUUAUGCGCUCCGAUUCUCCUUCACCGACCUGCAUUAGUCCGUUGUCUUUGGCUGGUGUGAACUUUGUUGUGUCCUACACUGAUGCCUCAAUUCUCGUGUAUGAUACGCGAACCGGCGAGGAAAUUGUGGGCAUGGCAAGUUUGGAAACAUAUGACGGCACGCCGUCAACUGGUGUCGAUUCUGUGGUCACUACCACCAUUGGAUUUGAUGGAUCUGCAAACCUGGACCCUAGCCGCACAAUGGCUGAAGAAGAAGUUGUACAUGGAGCUACUGGAUCCAGUAGUGUGGAGGGCGUGAUUAUCAGUGGCUACGAGGAUCGAUACAUCCGUUUCUUUGAUGCCAACAGUGGCCAAUGUACUUACACAAUGCUGGCCCAUCCGGCUGCCAUCGCUUCGCUGUCGUUGUCCCCGGAUGGCCGUGAGCUCGUCUCGGCUGGCCACGAUGCAAGCUUGCGUUUCUGGAAUCUCGAGAAGCGCAGCUGUACGCAGGAGUUGACUAGCCAUCGGUUAAUGCGUGGGGAAGGUGUCUGCGCCGUUGUCUGGAGCCGUGACGGCCGCUGGGUCGUUAGUGGCGGUGGAGAUGGUGUGGUAAAGGUCUUCUCCAGAUGA